AUGAGUGUAUUGAAUACAACUAACAUGUUUAAUAAUCAACUUAAUUCGUUUACUUCGGGACACAUAAAUUCCCGUAGCUAUAAUGAAUUAUCUAGUAAAUUGAAGGCCAAUAUCAAAAGCAAUAAGUUGUCGCAGCCAUUGCAGCAAUACUCGGAAAAAGAUGCACACUAUAUCAAAAAAAGAUCAUACAGUGAUUUAUUAAGGGAGGGUUCCGAUUUUGGUGACAAUAACAGCAUCAAGAAUCAGGAUACUAAGAGAUCAAGAACCGCACCACCAUCACCACCUUCGCAGCCAUACGAUACUAAAUUUCAAGUCAAUGGAGUUCCUCAACUCAAGUUUAAGAACAUCAAAACAAACCCCACUUUGAGAUCAAGGUCAUUGUCUCCAAAUAAGAAAUUUGUUGCAUGCUUAUCACCAUCACACUCCCCAAGCUUGCCUAAUACUCCUCAUUCGUCGCCAUCAAAGAAGCCUACAUUGCCUAGCAUAUCAACAGUAUUACAAACUACUCCAAUGACACCAAAAGCCCCUCUUAGGUUGAAGCCCAUUACACCUACUGUUUCGUUGGACUAUUUUGACACAUACAAGCCAAAUGAUGAAAACUGGAGAUAUGGCUUAUUGGAUACCAUAAAUAAGGGUCCUAAUCAAUUUAACCUCAGCCAGUAUGAUUACCUCAAUAAACACAAGAUUAGCAGCACUUCAUCGGCUCCAUCAGCAGCAUUUGUCAAGGAAAGACCAAGUUUCAAUUCAAGAAUAAGUUCUAAGAUAAUACAGAACUCCAGUCCAAGGGUCAACACGUUUGAUAAGUCAAACUACCCUCCAUGUAUACAAGAAAAGGUUUACUCGGAGAGAAAAAUUAAUUUCCCAUAUGAAUCCAAUUACACAUAUUUGAAUAAGACCUACUUGAAUGAUGUCAAGAAAUAUCCUGAAUAUCUUGAAUUGGCACAUUCAUUGAUUCAAUUGUCCCAGCCACAAUCUAAUACUCCAGAUUCUUCUCAUUAUCAACCAGUGACACCAGUGAAUACCAGCAAUAAUAAUUCAUUCAAUAGCACUAUAAUAGAACCCAUCUAUCAGCAAAAUUCUGUGUAUCCACCAACAUCGACUCCUCCAUCCUCAACACGUUUACCAAAUCCACAAUAUAGUUCAUUUUUAGGCAUAAUAUCUGAAGGUCCUACAACCCCACCUGCAGAAGAUGAUAAUAAGACUAAAUUUAUCCCUGUUACACCUCCUUCUUCCAAGUGCAAAUCGAGGUCUGAAUUGUUAAAAUCAUCACCAAGACAACAACAUCAACAUGCUCCUCGUGUUUGCAUUUCAUGUGGAUCUGAUCAAUCCCCAUGUUGGAGACCCUCUUGGUCAAUUAAAGAAGGACAAUUAUGUAAUUCAUGUGGCUUAAGAUACAAAAAAACCUCCGCUAGGUGUCUCAAUGAUGAAUGCAAGAAAAUACCUGCAAAAGGUGAGUGGUCCUUAAUGCAAAGCAAAGGCAAAUCUGUAUUUGAAGACGGCUUGGAAGGAUAUAGCUGUUUAGAUUGUGGCUGGAGAGUUGAAGUCAAAAAAUAG